AUGUCUGGGCUUUCUGGACAAGGCCAUGUGGAGUUAGGGAUAUUCUAUUCGGCGGUGGCCAUAAAGGGCACAAGGAUUCUAUCAGAGCGCCUUCUCUGGGCGCGAAGAACGAGAUUUCACGGCCAAUGGGAAUCUCCGUCAAGGCAAGGAUGCCACAGUGGUGGUACAAAGAUGCAAGCGCAGUCCUCUCACACCGUUCGAUUGGUCAUCACUCUGUGGACGAGGCCAGAAUCAUCGAACCUUAGUGGCCAAGAAGCGCUUGAUCACGGAGAUCCGAGUCGCAGCAUCUUCGCUGACCACAGCCUGCCGGUACCAUCGAUUCCAAUGAUUAACACAGCAGAUGCAGAGAUGACACCAUUGCGCUCGGGAAUCAAGGUGGAUGGCAGACACCAACAUGCAGGGCAGGGUCUUCUCCGCGUCCUUCGGCUAACGCCAGCCAUGCCAGCGCGCGUCGAAGGGAAAUUAGCCUUAAAGCCGCUGAGUUUGACGUUCUGCUGCCGCGGCUGCGGUUCUCUCGCCACUCCUAACCGCCGGGCAAGGCCAGGGACUCAUCCCGCGUACGUACGUUUGUUCGUUCGUACGCCCACGACGCUGUUCGUUGCGGCAAGGGACAGGCUGGGGCAGGGUAUGCUAGAACUCAGCCUUACCUGUCACAUCGCUUCCCUGACACCGCUACGCUGGACAACACGGCCUGUCCGCAAGGACAUUCGGCCUGUCUCAGGUCCGUCCAUCGGCGAUGCACAGGGCGCCAACGCGAGCGCCAGCAGAUCCCCCGCGCCCCAAGCUGUGUUCAAGAAGCCCUUUGAUGACCCAUAUGAGGCCCUAUGCCGCGAAUACAAUGUUGCGCCGACGAACGUCACGUUGCAGCCCGACGGCGCUGUUCCCCCAGCAAUCGACAUGCCUGUCCUCCGCGAUGCACACAUGCCCACGCACACCCUCGUUAUCCUCAACACCAGCGCUCCCAGCAGCCCCCUCGCUCCUUCCUUCUCAGCGCCACCGAGCGCGCUCCUCGCUCCUUCCCCCCACACCGUCGCUAUACCCAUCAACGCAGACCUAUUCGCAGAACGCUUCGCGAAAGACCUCACCUCGCUGGCCCCGGACCGCUCGCCAACGGGCUCGACGCUGCCCGUCCCGACCUGGAGUGAACGUGCGCACUCACAGACUGUCACGCUCCCGACGAUCCCCCUGCCCGCCCCGCACCCGCCCUCCGUCCCCUUGCUCCUCCUCUAUGGCCUCGGCCUGCACUUGUACGCAGACCCGCAGGCCCCCCGCGGCAGGUCCCCUGGCGGCAGACGACGCAGCGGCGGCCCGGACGCGCGCACGAUGACGAGCACGAGCACGCUCGCCGCGUACCUGCUGCCCACGCGCGUCAUCGAGGAGUUCCCCUCCGCCGCGGCGAUGGCGGACGUCAUGGCGCGCUGGUGCACGGAGCUCGAGAUGCAGUUCUACACGAAGUUCAACCAGGGGCUGUGGGCGAACGUGCUCGCGCUCGCCCCCGCGGACGCCGUGCUCGUGGACCUGGUGCGCACCGCAUGGAACGUCACCGCAGAGGCGAGACGCAUACGCGAGCGGCUGCGUCUCGCCGCGGCGGCAGUCGCGAGUGUGCCAGUGCUUAGCGACUAA